GAUGCCACUAUUUUUUAGUUAUGAUGCGAAAGGCGAACCCUAGAAAAUUCUGGACUUCAUCCCGACCGCUUCUCUCCUCAUUUGAAAGAAACAUAGCCCUGCAUUUUGCAUAAUCUGCUUUGCUCCCUCGUCAUGGCUAUAAUCUCCGACUUCGAGGAAGAUGAAAAGCAGACGCCAGCUUCUUCGUCGACUUGGAUCCCUGAUGCGGACGAGGAGGCCCUUCUCCAGAUCCUUAAGAGGAAGGGACCCAUCCCCUUCUUCGAGACUGUUGUCGAUCUUCUUCGACGUCGGUCUGAUGUCUUCAUGUACGAAUCAUCCGUGAGCAAACUCACGGAGGUGCUCUCUGUUGCCAGACAAAAAGAGGUUGUCGAGCAGACGGCCAAGAAAAACAAGGCGGGCAAGGAGCCAUUGCCUGAUAACUUAGCAGGCAUAGUCAAGGGUGAGGUCGAAGAAAAGUUCAUCGAGAAGAUGGACGUAGACGAGGUGAAGGAGACCACGCCAAAGAAGCAAGGGCCAGUUAACGGAGGAGACGACAAGGAAGCCGGGACUGUUAACAAACCAAACAUUGGAAAUGGUCUCGACCUUGAGAAGUAUAGUUGGACCCAGACACUUAAAGAGGUUAACGUUAACAUCAAAGUUUCUCGAGGCACAAAGUCUAGAUUUGUGAUCUGCGAAAUAAAGAAGAACCACUUGAAGGUUGGGCUCAAGGGACAGCCUGCAAUUAUUGAUGGUGACCUUUUUCAAUCUGUCAAAGUUGAUGAUUGCUAUUGGAGCAUUGAGGAUCAGGAAGUCAUAUCCAUACUUCUUACUAAACAAAAUCAAAUGGAAUGGUGGAAGUGUGUAACAAAAGGUGAACCUGAAAUCGAUACUCAGAAAGUAGAGCCUGAAAACAGUAAACUAUCAGAUCUGGAUCCUGAAACACGUCAAACAGUGGAAAAGAUGAUGUUUGAUCAGCGACAGAAAUCAAUGGGUCUUCCAACUAGCGAGGAGUUGCAGAAGCAAGAAAUUCUUAAAAAGUUCAUGGCUGAGCAUCCUGAAAUGGACUUCUCAAAUGCAAAAAUAGCAUGAAAAGCGGGGGCAUGCAGAGGCUCUAAGUGUUGCUGUUUGUGGCCUUGUCUGAUUGAAUUUGGUUCCAUUUUGGAUGGCGAAUUUGCAUGGUUCUGAUUAGUCAGUGUCUUGAUUUUUUUCUUGUUGAACUGUUGCAGAGCAAUUUUUGUUUUAGCAUAUCUUAUUGUGCAUUGCAUCUGUAUAAUUAUCAUCUGAAGAUGUAAACUUACUUAAUGUUGUUACUUUUAAUAUAUCAAACUUCACCAAUCUCCCACUCACAGAAGUCAACAAAAUGUCAUGGGAGGAAUGUGGCUUUUGCUGAAAAUGGAUGAUCAUUUUCAUUUAUCA